CGGACGUUAGCCAACUCUAUUCAAGAUCUAGUUUGUUAUUCAGUUCAUUAUGUCAGCGUUGAGCUCAAAUUUUUGUCCAUAGAUUAGGCAUCCCCCUCUCUAUCUAUACCUGUGCAGUUAUCAAAGUUGAAGUUUUAAGAAAUGGAUGACGUCGCAGAGGUCUUUAAAUGCACGGAAAAAAAUGGGACUACUCUUCCAGUUUUCAAGAAACCUGUCAUUAUUGGAAGGAGACCAGGCACGAAAGCAUCAGUAAAACCAAUUAAUCGUCUAACAAACAAUCUCGAUAUAGAUUCGAAGCAAGAUGUAAACUCUUCUGCAGAUGAUAAUGUGAAGAAAGAAAAUGAUGUGGUCAUAAAAAAUUCUACAAAGAAAUUGGAGUUGGAAGAUAAAAUCAGUUCGAAUAAAUCAACUUUGGUUUCUGCUCAAAGUUGCAACUUAAACUAUGUUGCUCCAUCUACAUCUUCUAUCUGUCAAUUACCUUAUCAGCUUGAAGUUUUAAAGGAUGGUGUGAUCAUACAAAGUGAGAAUCUGCAGUUUAAGCAGAAACCUUUUUAUGUAUUUGGUAGACUACCUACAUGUGAUUUUGUUCUGCAACAUCCAUCAAUUUCCAGAUAUCAUACUGUUUUACAGUAUAAAAUUGAUGAUGAACGGGGUGAUUCAGGAUGGUUUUUGUUUGAUCUUGGAAGCACCCAUGGAACUUUCCUAAAUAAACAACAGAUACCUCCAAAAGUAUACUGCCGUCUACAUACUGGCCAUGUCUUCAAAUUCGGAGUAUCUUCAAGGUUGUUUAUCCUUCAAGGUCCAGAAGAAGACCAAGAAGCUGUUUCUGAAUUAAGUGUUACCCAGCUUAAGGAAAUGAAACUUAAAAGAGAAUUGUCAAUUGACAAACUUGAUAACCAACACUCAUUUAAUGACAAAUGUGGCGUUUCUACUGCUUCUGUGCCUCCUUCAACUAGCAGUGGUAUUAACUGGGGAAUGGGAGAGGACGCUGAAGACGAAAAUCCUUUGGCUGAAAAUCCAUUCGCUUUAGCCGACGACUUUCAGUUAGAUGAAACUCUGUAUUUGGAUGACCCUAAGAAAACCCUUCGUGGGUGGUUUGAAAGAGAAGGUUAUGAACUUGAAUACAAGGUAGAAGAAAAGAAUUAUGCUCAUUUUAUUUGUCGCGUUGAAUUACCCAUUGACUCCGCCAGCGGAGCACCGAUCGUUGCAGAAGCUUCGGUUAAAGGUGGAAAGAAAAAAGAAGCCGUAGUCCAAUGUGCCUUGGAAGCUUGCCGUUUACUUGAUCGUCAUGGGAUGUUACGGCAGUCUAAACAUGAGAGUAAAAGUCGUCGAAAAAAGCGUAAUUUUGAUUAUGACUAUUAUUCCAGUGACGAAGAUACGUUUCUGGAUAGAACUGGAACUGUUGAACGGAAGAGACAAGCCCGGAUGAAAGAGCAAACGUCAGAUGUUGUGGAGACUUAUGAGAGCUUGUCACUUAAAUACAAAGACGUAUUAAAGGAGGUCGCAGACAUACAGCACACUUUAACUAGAAUGACUGCUGCAACACGGAAUCCAGCAAAAAUCGAUAUCGAUGAUGUCGACGCCUACAUGGAAGCUCUACAAUCCUACGAAUCGAGCAACAAAAAGUCAGCUGCAACCCUUAGACUUAAACUAGGCGAACUCCAAAGAGAAGAGACAAGGUUAAAAGCUUUACUUAAGAUUGCGCGACCUGCUGUCCUUUCUUCAUCUGAAAUACUUUCUGUGAACACAGUAACGGAAAGCAGAGUGGAAAGCAAAUUAAAGGGGUUGUCACAGGAAAAACUCGAACGUGAAGUCGACUCAGAAAAAAGUGUCAGUUCUGAACCCGUUUUAACGGUGCCCGUAGUUUCGGUGAUUUCCUCAGAGGAUGGGAUUCCUGGUCCUGAUGUAUCAAAAAAACAUCUACCAAAUCUAAAAGAAGAAACUCUAUUAGAAGCUCCCACCUGUGAAGUUGAUCAAUUCAGCGAAGGGAAAAGUAAUAACGAAAAAAUUGGCUUAGUGAUCAGAAAAAAGAGGAAAAAGGACCUAAAGAAGGUUGAAAGCGUAAAAUCAACCGCCAACACAAGCUCAAAUAACUACAUUACAGAUGACUCGAAAUACGCCAUGUGGACACCUCCAGAAAAUCAGAGUGGUGAUGGGAAAACUUCAUUAAACAGAAAAUACGGUUACUGAGUUUUGGGUUUAUUUUCAAAUGAUUGUUCAACCCUUAUGAAAAAUAAAAAAAACUUCCUUCAA